GGCAAUCACGGUGUUGUGGUACUCUGUUGCCUAGCAACGUUCUAACUCGGGGAUCAUUUGUUAGGUGUUUCAGUCCCACGGAGCGCUUAAAGGAAUAGAUGUCCAAAAAUGACCGAGGCAGUGAGACCAUCAGGUCCUGCUGUCCCAUCAAUCAGGAGUUUGUGGAAUGCCUACAAGGCACUGGAUGCUGGCGCCUCCAACUCAGAGGAAGAUGAGGAUAAAUUAGCAAGGAGGAGGCAGUUAUGGAUGAACCUGAGUGAGAGUCUUGGGACCAGGCAGCUGCUGUUGAACUUCCAAAGUGGUCGACCACUUUUGAUCCUAAGGCCACCGCCGGAUCUGGUUAACUUCUCUCGCCCCCGAUGGCCAAUAGAGUGUGAAGUCAUCAGCGACAUCAUCCAGCACAUAGAGUGGGAACCCCCAGAUCCAGAGCCCUUUUAUAAGCCCUCAGAACAUGAGCUGACCCCCAUUCCCUCUGGAGAUGAGCGAGGGAAGAUGGUGUACUGCACUGACUUUGCCCCAAAGCAUCUAUAUUUCACCUGCUCUUGUGUUGGAGGAAGCAGGGACUCCACCAGGAGUACCACGACCCUUGUCAAGCCCUCAGAUGUUACCCUUGAGUUUGAAUCGCGGUUUGAAAGUGGCAACCUUCAGAAGGCUGUCCAAGUGGGCGACUACGACUAUGAGCUCACGCUGCGUACAGACAUGUACACCGAGAAGCACACACAGUGGUUUUACUUCCGGGUCAGGAACAUGAAGGCUGGAGUGACGUACCGCUUCACCAUCACCAACCUGAUGAAGAGGAGCAGCCUGUAUUCCCAGGGCAUGAGGCCGCUCCUGUACUCUGAGAGAGCGGCUAAGGAGAAUAGAGUUGGAUGGCAGCGCGCAGGGUCCGAUAUCAGAUACUAUCGGAAAUGCAGUCAGAACAUAGCAGAGAAAAAUGAUGGUGCCAUUAGCUUGUACUCACUCACCUGGACUCUCCAGUUCCCCUAUGACUCAGACACAUGCUACUUGGCCCACUGCUACCCCUACACGUAUUCCCGGCUGCAGCGCUACCUGAAGCAGAUAUCUUCCAAUCCAGCCGUAGCCUCAUACUGUAAAGUGUGGAUCCUUUGCCAAAGCCUCGCAGGGAACGCCGUCUAUGUUAUUACUAUAACAUCUAGAGGGACCAACCAGGGGGAUGUGAGAAACAGGAAGGCUGUGGUGGUGACAGCGCGAGUCCAUCCAGGGGAAACCAACGGAUCCUGGAUGAUGGAGGGAUUUUUGGACUUUCUGCUUGGAGACUCAGAUGAUGCUAAGGUUCUCAGGGAUAACUUUAUUUUCAAGGUUGUGCCAAUGUUGAACCCGGAUGGUGUUGUGGUGGGAAACUACCGGUGCUCACUGACAGGCAGGGACCUCAACAGAAACUAUAAAACGUUGCUUAAGGAUUCCUUUCCUUGUGUUUGGCACACCAGGAAUAUGGUUGAAAGACUUAUGGCUGAAACAGAAGUAGUUGUUUACUGUGAUUUCCACGGCCACAGCCGCAAAAACAAUGUGUUCAUGUAUGGAUGUAACAGCCGAGGUGAUGCCUCCAUCAAGCUUCAAGAGAGGGUCUUUCCACUAAUGAUGAGCAAGAAUGCAAGCAAUAAGUUCUCCUUUAAGAGCUGUAAGUUUCGGGUGCAGAAGAGCAAGGAGGGAACAGGACGGAUCGUCAUGUGGAGACUGGGUGUCAAAAACAGCUACACCAUGGAGGCCACCUUUGGAGGCUCCACUCUAGAUGACAGAGGAGGGACCCAUUUCACUACUGGAGACCUGAAAUCGAUGGGAUUUUACUUCUGUGACACCCUGUUGGACUUCUGUGACCCUGAUCAAACAAAGGUACAAUACUGUUUAACAGAGGUGUCAGCAUUGUUGAGAAAGGAGAUCAAGAGGAAAAUGAGCAAGAAUUUGGUCACCGACGGUAACUUCUCUUUGUCAGACCUGGAAACCAGCACAAGUGGCUCCAAUAGUUCGGAUUCAGACGGACAUCCUGUUCAUUUACUGCACCAACAAAAAGGUCCAGAGAAAACAUCUUUCAAGAAGAAAAAGAAAAAAUUAAGAAGUCGUAGGGAAAGAAACAGAUUCCAACUAGAGCGAGUGAGGAGCAACACAGAGGCAAAGGUUCUGGAGAGCAGCACCAAUACUAUUGACUCCAGUCUUUCUCACAAAAGCAUCAAUGGAGAGAGAAACCGAGAGAUACUUGUUGGAGAACGAAGGAGAAAAUGGCAGCUGAAUGGCCUGAUGGGAAAAUCUGGAAUCUCAACUCCAACCACUCAUGCUGGAGAGGAGGACAGUCAAGAAACCCUGUGCACCUCAUGCAUGCACCACAAGUUAAAGCAUCCAUAUCCAAGCACAUGCGCCUCCAUGUCACUUCCAUCAGGUUAUGAAGAAGAAAGAAGACAGGUGAAGUGCAGUUCUCACCUUCUUACUCUGAGAGCUCCUCCUCCACAUCUUCCAAAUCUCGUGCAGUGCAAGCAUUACUGCUAUCCGCCAUCUUUGUCUUCCUAUCAAGGCUGCAGUGGCUUGUCAUCUUUCUUUAUGGCUCCAUCCAGUGCCAGGUUUCCUUCAUCUGCGUUUGUCAGCAUGUUUCCAGCCAUUGCUCCAACUUCACCCACUUCAAGAUCCAGAAGUCGCCAAUGUUUCAGAAACAGAAAUUUACUGUUGUUCUCAAAUCAUUUUUCGACCAAGGGUUUCUCCACAUCGGUCACAGAUGUAACCAAAACCACACAGAGGAGUAUGGACCAAAAGGCUUCAUCUGAAGCGGAUGUAACAUUGUUUAGAACUCAUGGGCAAAACCAAAAAGCUCACACAACUAUGAUGCCUCCUUGAGAGAAAGUGAGCUAUUCAAAAGCUUAUUUCAGCCUGGAGUCAAAGGGAAGAAAGUUUCUUCGUUAUUCCUUGUGAACUCUGUCUAAUCUGUCUCAGAUCACCUCAAUAAAAUACUUCAUUUGCAGCUGA